AUGGAAAAUAGUGAAACUGUAGAAAAUCCACCCGAUUAUACUACAACAGAUAAUUUAAAAACAGAUGAAAAUGUAUUAAUAUAUACAAAAGAUGAAUUUAUAUAUGCUUAUAUAGAACUUAUUCUGAAUGAAAAAGAUUUAGGAGAAGACCAUGAUGUACCUCUAUGUAGUAAUGCAUUUAAGUUGGAAGAUAUUGAAGAACGGAGAAAAGAAUUAAUGGAAUUGGGUGAGGCUCAAGAUCUAAAUAAUAAUGAAAUAGGUAGAGAAAUUUUUGAUAAUUAUGAUAAAGAUCAUAAAUUCGAUAGAUAUAAUAUAAAUAAAGAAGGUGAUGAUCUUGGUGAUCCUGGUAGUCCAUUUGAAAGAGGAAAAGAAAGAAAUAAAUUUGAUAGAUAUAAAAAUAGAAAUGACUUUUUUAAUAGAGAUAAUAUUAUGAGCAGAAAUCAACUUGAUGAAUCAUUUGAUUCUAACAGUGCAAUAAAUGGUAUGAAUAAAAGAAAUAGUUAUUUACUAAAAAAUCAAAAGUUGAAUAAAAAUACUGAUUUUAAAUCAGUAGGAGGAAAUACAACUCCUAUAAAUCAACAAUCCAAUAAUAAUGACAAUGUUAUGAAUAAUCUAAACAUAUAUGAUAAUCUAGGAAAUAAUAAAAAUAAUUUUAUAAAAAAAAAUAAUUUAAAUAAUGAAAAUGCUGGAUUUACAUACAAUAAUAAUAAUGCCAAUUCUAAUACAUUUGGAAAUAACAAUAUUAGAGAAUCAAAUAAUGCAAAUAAUAAUAAAAAAUUUAUAUGGAGGAAAAAUGAAAGAGGGGGAGUAAACACUGGGCCUACCUCUUGGAGAUUUGCAAAAUCUGGCAAUAAUAAUGAUGGACCAAUAACUAAUAAUAAUAGUGAAGUUAUUUCUAAAAUGGAUUUAAAAAAUUCAAAUAAAAAUUAUAAUAAAAAUUUUACCAACGAUAUGAAAAUGUCUGCAUCUAAUAAUUCAGAAGAAAACUACCAAACAAAUGAUAUUUCUCGAUACAAUAACAAACAGAACAAUAUUAAAGAUAGAAAUAUAAAUAAAAGAGAAGAUAUGUAUAGCGACUUUAAUUUUAAUAAUAAUUCACCACAUGCUGGAUAUAACAUUACAAACAAUAAUACUAAUUUAAAUGAUAUUCCAAAUAUAGGAACCGAUGCAAAUACUGGAGUUAACCAUUUAAUAGAUAGAAAUAAAAAGAAACAAGUUUAUCAAAAUGUGGGAUCAAAAUUUGCAUCUACUAAUCCAAAUAAUAAUAAAAGUCAAAAUAUUUUAAAUAAAAACGGAUACAACAAUUUAGAUGCAUACUUAUCUCCAAAUUUUAAUAAUGAAGGAGAUAUAAAUAACAAUGGUAAUGCUAAUCUACCAAUGGAUGACUCAAAAUAUAAAAAAUAUAAAAUGUUUGGAAAUAAUAUUAACACAAUUAAUAAUGAUUCUAAUAUAAAUGAAGAUAAUAAAACUAAAAAUGCAAAUGAAUAUUUAUCUACUAAUAUUAUGAACAAAAAUAAUGAUCCCACAAAAUUAAAUAUGCAUCUAAAUAAAAAAACUAUAUAUCCAAAUAAUAAAUAUACAUAUAACAACCAAAUGCAAAAUCAAAGAAAAUUUGAUUAUAAUAAUUCAUCUAAUAAUAUAAAUGGAAUGUAUCCAAACACUUCAAAUAAUAAUGCUCAUGAUCCAAACUUUGAUAAAAAGAAUAAUAAUUUUUACUAUACAAAUAGUAAUAUGAAUCAAAAAAUGGGUACAGAUUCUAGUCAGAUGCAAAAUAGAUCCAUAAAUAAAGAAAGAAAAGGUGAAUAUAAUAAUCCAAGUAAUAAAAGUUUAGGUGAAAAUAAUGAUAAUCGAAAGGGAACACGAAACAGCCAAAUGAUACAACAAAAUACAUUUGAUUCUGGAAAAUCACAAACAAAUAAUUUUUCAAAUAAUUCCUAUUUCAAUACUAAUAGACAUUUAAAAAAUAGUGAUAAAAAAAAUUCAAAAAAUAUUGGUGAAGAUGAUUGGAGUAAUAUCAGAAAAAAAAAUCUAGAAAAAAGUAAAAAAGCUACAGAUGAUUUAAUAUGGAAUAAAUUAAAUGAACAGUUUGAUCUAAAUAGCAAUAAAGGAAAUUCAAUUGGAUUAGUAGGGGGAAUAGGAAUUAAUACGGAUCUAAAUAAUAAUAAUGAUUUUUUAAAAAAAUUUUCAAAUAAAUUAUUAAAACAAAAUGAAGAUACUACAAAAAUAACUAACACAAUCGAUGAAAGUAAAAAUAAAAAAGAUGAACCCACUACAACAACAAACAAUAAUAACACCCUUACAAAUAAUGAAAAAAAAAAAAAAGGAAAAAAAAAAGCCAAAAAUGAUAAGGAUAAAUCUUCUAACGAAACAGAUAAAAUAAAUAAUACUGAAGAUAAUAAUCAAAACAUGAAAUUAAAAAAUUCCUUGGAAAAUGUAAAUCCUAGGGAACCAAGUAAUAAUAACAAAAUUAAUAAUCUUCAUAAAAUAUUUGAUAUUAAAAAAAAUUCUAAUUAUUUGUUUUCUGAUAGUAAUGUUAAUAAAUUAUAUACUGAUAUAAAUAACAUCAAUUAUAUUAACAAUACUAUCAAUUUUCACAAUAUAAAUCGAUAUAAUAAUUUUAAUGAAAAAAAGGAAUAUAUACUAAAUAAAUUAUAUAAUAAUACUAAUAAAAACAAUUUACAGGGAGAUCAUAAGGACUUAAAUAAAUCGACUAACCAACAUCGAAGCAUAUGGAAUCUGUCUCAUCCUUACCAUCAAUCAAUGGAUACCUCCUCUACCUAUGGAAAUCAAUCUGGCAUCAAGAAAUUUGGCGAUAAAAUACCCUUUUCGGAGAAACCUCAAUCUAGGAUAUACCCCAAUAAUAAUAAUUUACAUCGUGAUUCAACUGAUUCUAUAAAUAAUAUUCACCGCCAUCUCACCAACACAUCUAACACAGACAUAUCAACACUUUUAAACCCUCAAAAUAAUAAUUCAAAUUUUAAUUUGACAAAAUUUAGGGCUUCAAAUAUUACAGAUAUACCACAAGAAAGUUUAUUACAAAAAAUUAAAAAUAAAAAUAAUGAGAAAAAUUUUAUCUACCCCAAUAAUAACCAUCCUAAUGAUACAUCACGUCCCCCGAACAUCAAUUUCUCUCAUGGUACUCAUCCAUAUUCCUUUUCUAGAAACAUGGAAAUAAAUGAAGGAUAUAAUAAUGCAUCUAUAUCUACUCCUACAAAUGUAAACACACAACCCUCUUCGAUCCAUAACAAUUUUCCUGAUUCUCAAAUAUUUGAUAAGCUUAAAAAUAGGGAGAACACCACAUUUAUCGAUGAAACACAUCCAGACGAUACAACAUCUAUGAGUCAAGCAAACAAAAUUAAUAACAUGUUGGUCUUAAAUAAAAUGAUGAAAAUGCUUAAUAUAGAUGAAAAAGUAUUCAACAAUUUAAGUGAAAAUAAAAAACGAGAAAUAAUUACCCAAUUAAUGUUAGAAAAUUUUAAUUUAAUUAAUUCACAAAGGGAAGUAAAUAAUAAACAAGUAAACAUUCAAAAUAAUUCAAACCAGGUUACUAAUCCUCUCUAUAUUACUAACACAAAUAAUAAAGCCAGUACCAACGAGUUUGAAACAAAAGAAACUCAAUCGUAUGUGGCAAGUCCUAACAAUACAUCCUCUAUUCCUACAUCCUAUGGUGAAAAUUGUAAUGUACAAAAAGAUGAAAUUGAUGAAAAACAAAAUAAUAAUAAAUCAAAUAUAUCAAAAUGGUUGAAUUUUAUUGGAAUCUCUGGUAAUAAAAAAAGUAAAGAUGCAUCUAAAAAUGUGUCAGAUGUAAAUAUUGCAAAAGUAGAUCCAACUAUUCAAAGUGCUAGCCAAACUGAUAAUAACAAUAGAAUCACAUCUAAUGCAGAAGAAAUGGGUUCUGAUUCGACACCUUUUGAAAAUGUAAACAAAAAUAAAGAUAAUAAUUCUAUUCCUCAUAAUAAAAUGUCAAAUCCUCAAAUUAAUUAUAUAAGAACCCAUUAUGCAUCUAAAGAUAAAAUAAAUGAUUCUGUUCUUCUAUCAAAUGAACAAGCACAUUCUGAAAAACACAGUAAUGACAAUACAGUAACUACAAAUGAUUUACAAACAAAUUUAAAUAGUAACAAUGUUGAUGUUUCAAGAUAUAUCGAAUUAAUAAAUAAAGUUAAUAAAAUAAAAGGAGAUGUAUGGCAAUAUAAAGAUCCUUCAGGAAAUAUACAAGGACCAUUUUCAUCUGAACUUAUGUUUUUUUGGUGGUACUCAAAUUAUUUCCCACAUGAUUUACCAGUAAGAUUUAGCCAAAAUAUGCAGUGGUUUAAUUUUAAUGAUCUAUUUCCACAAGGGACUAUGCCAUUUGUUCUUCCAUUAAUUUAUAUAAAAAAUAAUCUAUUUAAAAAUAAUAACAAUGCACAACAUGGUACAUAUAAUCUAAAUAUAAAAAAGGAUGAAAAUACUAACCAAAAUAAUAACAUACAAGAUUAUAUAAACCCUGAUACACCUUUAAAAAUGAAUAAUAAUGAAGGAAGAGAAAAUUAUCCAAACAAUCAAUAUGAAUCCCUUCUUAUCAAACAAAAAAAAGAAAUAGAAUCAUUAUUAUUACAAGAAAAAGAUCCACAACUUAUUGAAGAAAUAAAAAAACAACUUCAAGAAGUAAAUGAUUUAAUAGAAAAUCAAAAAAAUAAAAAUAUCGAUAAUGAUAAUGAUACUACUUUUAUGUUUGAAAAAAAUAAUGAAUCAAAUUCAAUAUCUAGUCAUUCUGAUAAUACUAAUGAUAUUUCAAAUAUUAAAUAUAAAAAAAUCUCAAAAAAAUUAGAAAAUGAACAAGCCAGUCCCCUUAAAACUAAUAACACUAAACUUCCUGACCAAUUAGAUGUGGAUCAAAAAAAACAAAAUGAAACAAUCCAAACCUCUCCAGAUACUACAAUAUCAGCCCCCCAAACUUCAACAUCUACCAACAUAGAAAAACGAAGUAACCAAACCAAAAAUAAAAAUCAAAAAAAUGUUAUAAAUAAAAAGAAUACAGUAACAUCUAGUGCAAACAAAAAAAUAGAUGCUAUUGAAAAAGCUACAAAUACUACCAAAGAAAAAACAACAAAAAAUAAAAUAAAAAAAAAUGAAAAUAAAUCGGAUAAGGAUGAAGAUACUGGAAAUAAAAAGGUGGAUACCACAAAAAAUGAGCUCGAAGAAAAAAUAAAAAAUGAUAAAGAAAAAGAAAAGAGUAUAGACCCCCAUAUUAAUACUGAUAAAAAUGUAAAUAUACCUAAUAAUGCAGAAGGGAAAAAGAAAACUGAAAAAAUGAAAUGGAGUACAACAGGAGAAAGAAAAAUUGAAAAACUUGUAGAUAUCAUGAAGGGGGAAGAAAAAAAAAUAAAUAUGCAAAUUAAAAUUGAAAAUUCUAAAAAAAAACAAGAAAAUGCAAAUAAUAAUAAAAGUAAUAAAAAAUUAGGAUGGGAUGUUAAUCAAACUCCAAACAAUAAAAAAAAUACUGACAAUCAAGAAUUCCCAAAUUUAACACCCGGUAGUGGAUCCAAACAAAAUAAAACAAAACAAACAACAAAAAAUAGCACUCCUACCACCAAAGGUGAUAAUGCUGCAAAGGUAAAUAAUAACAACAACAAUGUUAGCAAUGAUAAUAAGACGAAUACCAAAAAAGCAAAAAACAAAGCCGAGCCAAAUGAUAAUGAGACAAAAUUCCCCCCAAUUGCCCCAAAGGCAAAUAAAAAUUCAAAUAAUAAGAAAAAGCCAAAUACAGAUCAUAAGGAAAUAACCGAUCUCAAGCAAUUAACGAGUUUGUGUAAAUUACCACUCGAUGAAUCCUUAUUAAACUUUUUGAAAAACUUCAAAAAAGCAGAAGAAAUAUAUGCCUUCCUUCAGCACAGUGUUGAGGAUAAAAAAAAACUCACACUGUUUUCAAAUGAAUUUAUUAAAAUAAAUAAUAAAAAUAAUGCAAACAAAAUAAGUGGCGUAAAUAACAAAAAAACGACAUAG